ACUCACAGUCGGGUUUCUGCUGUAUGGGGGAGAGGAGACACAAACCGGAAAUACAAUCAUCACAAUUAAAAGCAUAGUGGUUCUCGCCAAAAUUGCACAACAAAUGAUAGCAUUUUCUAACUUGUCUCUUGAUCAUGUGUUUCCUCAUAGUGCGAUUAAAAAAAACAAAUCUCUUAUAAUAGGAACAUAACGCUUUUUAUUUCUUAAAAACGAAUAUACCGGAAGUGGCCACCUUGAACAACACCUCGACGACAAGCUUCUACUUGAGGAAGGAUUCCUUUAGCCAACCCAAAUAAUUUUCUACGACCUGCAGGGCGUAUUUUCUCUUUGAAGUGAAUUGUCCACCCAACGCAAAAAUGACACAGGAGAACAUAUUUCUCUUUGUUCCCAAUUUGAUCGGCUACGCUCGCAUCAUCUUGGCGCUGCUCUCCUUCUUGCUGAUGCCUUGCUGUCCGUGGUCCGCCUGCUUCUGCUACAUGCUGAGCGCGCUACUGGACGCCUUCGACGGCCACGCCGCCAGGGCGCUCAACCAAUGUACCCGAUUUGGCGCCAUGUUGGACAUGCUGACUGACCGCUGCGCCACGAUGUGUUUGCUGGUCAACCUGUCGCUGCUGUACCCUGCCUACACAUUCCUCUUCCAGCUCAGCAUGUGUCUGGACAUCUCCAGCCACUGGCUGCACCUGCACAGCUCCACCAUCAAAGGCGCAGCCAGUCACAAGAGCAUCGACCUUUCCGGCAACCCCAUCCUGCACCUCUACUACACCAACAAGGUGGUUCUCUUUGUCAUGUGUCUGGGCAACGAGCUUUUCUUCUGUCUGCUCUACGCCCUCCAUCAUGUCCAGCAGCCUGAAGCAUGGCUGUACUGGCUGCUGGGACUCAGCGGGGUGGUGUGCGUGCUCAAGUCGGCCAUCAGCGUGGUGCACCUCAUUACCUCCUCCCAGAACAUGGCCGCCAUGGAUGCCGCAGAGCGCGAGAUAGCCAGGAAGACGCAGUGAGAGCGCCUACGACGUCUUUUGACUGCUUUAAGUAUUGUUGACUCUCGCUGGUUUAUGUGUGACUUCUUUUGGUAAUCAGCCUUUUUUAAUUAUUUAUUCUUCUGGGGACCUCGAGCCAACUCGUGUUUUUUGCACAGAUUUUAGCCACAAACUGACAUAGCUUAGCAUUGAUGGGUGUAAUUAUCUUUUAUGUUUUGAAAAAAGGCCCUCGUGUAAAAAAGUUUUCCAUCAUGUGUGCUAAAUUGUGUUGAACUGUAUCUUUUUUUACACUUGUGCUGCUCUAGUUGAUCUACAAUGGGUGAUGUUAUAUUUGCAGAAUGUAUUUUUAGAGAAUAUCAGUAUACACAAGUUUUAACUCUGCAACAGUCGUCCCCCGUUUAUCGCGGUUAAUUGGUUCCCAGCCUGACCACCGAAACAGAUAUUUGCAAAGUAGGAUUAUUAUUGAUAAACUAAAUAUUUUCAGAAUUACACCAUUAUUAGAGUCCUGUAAACAUAACAUUCAUAUAGUCCCAUUUUCACCCAAUAUAGUAGCCUUGAGUGUGUUCUACUGUACAUUACAGUACUCACUGGUAGCCUGGAGGAUCCUCCAAGCUUAAUUUCUAUGGUUGUCACCAAGUCACUACAACACAACCACUACCUGGAAAUACUUUAUCACAUCCUGGUUAAUUCCUUUAAGUUAGAACAUGUGCUGAAACCACAGGGGUAAAUUGUUCUGCAAAAGUUGGUAAACUUGACAGUCUCAGCUACGACCAUGAGCUGUGUUGUUAGCAUUCCAUGCAGUACAUUUUGAAGAUGAAGUGUCUCAACAGUUAAUCUCCACUUAGCGUCGCUAACAGCUGCUGAUAGCCGAUUGCAGUCUUGUUAACAUUAAAUGCCGUACCAGUACUGCUAAAACUUGUCUUGUCUUUUGACAUCACUCAAGUCAAAGACUCACCGAGGUGGAGAUGUUAUUGAUGAGGCAGGAGUUAAGUUCGAGUACAUCAGAAAGUUGCUUUGUCAAAAGUUGGUCAACUUGCUUGUCGCUGUGAAAGAUAUCGCCAAGAUUAUCCGCCAUGUUGUUAGCAUCCUUCACCCUUAACCCAGAAACAAAGACUUCAUUGUUGUUCACCACAAUAUGAUGUGAAAUAAUACAAUGUAAUAAAAUUAAGACUUAAUUUAACACUUAAUAAAAGGUCUAUAAUCUGCGAUACAAUAAGGCUGCGAUAUUUGAAAUGUAAUGUGGCGAGGGACGACUGUAAACAUUAAGAUAUUAAAAAACAUAUAUACUUAUGUGAUCAUUAGAGUGUAAGGAGUUUUGACUUAGGUCAGGUCUUCAGGUCACCAUCUAGAAAUGAAAUCAGAUGUGAUGACAGAUUUGCUUGCAUUGCACAUAAUGGAGGGAAUAAAAGUCAUCAUCCAAA